AAUUUUAAUUUUUUGGACUAUGAUUCGCAUUUAUCUCAGAUAUUUUUCUAUUUGAAGAACUUAAUGUUCUUGUCAUCUCUCUCCACUUUGCCGACCAAUGGGAGCUCAAGAAGACCAAUCCUUCUAGUAGCUUUAGUCAGCUCACAGCACCGACGGUGACACUCGGAGAGCCAGAGAUGGAAGCGAAGCCGUGGCUGCUGCGAUGGCUUCCGUUGGCGGCGAUGGUGGCGAUCGAGUGCCUCGACGUGGGCCUGACGACGCUGAGCAAAGCCGCCAUGUCCAGAGGGAUGAGCCGCUUCGUCUUCCUCUUCUACGCCAACGCCCUCGCCUCCCUCCUCCUCUUCCCUCUCUCCUUCCUCCGCAGGGAGAAGAGGCCUCCCCUUACCUUCUCGGUGCUCUGCAAGUUCUUCUUCCUUGCUCUCGUUGGGAUAACGGCGAUGCAGAACUGUGUGUUCGCUGGAGUUAGCUACAGUUCGCCCACGCUUGCUUCCGCUAUGGGAAAUUUAGUACCUGCUUUCACCUUUUUGCUAGCGGUUAGCUUCAGGAUUGAAAUAUUGAACUUCAGGAGCUCAAGAAGCCAAAUUAAGAUUCUUGGCACCGUGGUGUCCAUUUCUGGAGCAUUAAUUGUGACACUGUAUAAAGGUCCUGUAAUUGGCGGCGGCAUAUCUGCUAUUCCUUACCCUGAUGAGAGCUUACCUCCAUCACAACCCAGCAAAGCUUUGUCGGCCGACGUCACUAAUUGGGUUAUUGGUGCCAUGUUCCUGGCAGCCGCUAGUUUAUCUUUGGCAACAUGGAAUACGGCUCAGGCAGCAGUUCUGAAAUCGUAUCCAUCGGAGGUGACCUUGGUCACCUUCUGCUGCUUCUUUGGGACUCUUCAAUGUGCAGUAGUUGCUCUAAUUGCAGAAAGAGAUCCAAAAGCUUGGAUUCUAAGGCCCAGUAUUGAGCUCAUUGCAGUCAUCUACACAGCUAUAGUUGGGAAUGUGGUGACCUUUUGCGUUUGCUCCUGGUGCAUACACAACAAAGGUCCUAUUUUUGUGGCAAUGUUUAAACCCCUAAGCAUUGGUAUAGCUGCCAUUAUGGGUGCCAUCUUCCUUGGUGAUACCCUCCAUGUCGGCAGUAUCGUAGGAGCUAUUGUCAUUGUGGCUGGCUUUUAUGGGGUUAUAUGGGCGAUGUCUCAAGAAGAAGAGGAUGGUAGAAAUUGCGCAAGUGGUGAGCUGCAAUCACCUUCCCAGAAAACCCCGUUACUCGACAGCCAUGUUUAUAUAAAUUAAGCUGGUGGCUUGGCAAACUCCUGGGACAGGAUUAUUAUGUGAAUAUGUCCCUAUUCCCCAUCUCGUUCUCUUCAUCUCCACAGAGGUUAUUCCAGGACCAACAUUCAUAUUGCCAGGGCAGGAAUAUGAAUUUAUCUGUCAGUGAUGGGGAAAGAAGAAUCUUUUCUCUUGCUAUCAUUGCUUGCAUUUUUCUUCCGGCUGUUAGAAUCCUGCGGAUCCCAUUGCUUCCUCGUGGAUUUGAUCCCAGGACGUGACCCCCCAUUGCAUGGAUGUGUGGCUUGGCAUCAUUGCUUAAACCUUACUUAUGCCUUCCACCAACCCCUCUUAAAGCCCUGUAAUUAUUCUAGUUGUUCACUUUUUCAAUCUUUAGAGUCUAUCUUUUGACUGGUUGGUCUUGUGAACUAACUAGAAUCUCUCUCUCCCUCUC